UCUCUAGUUAAUUCUUAGACAAUCGUCCGGGUAUGUAGAGAGUAAAGGAGCUCGUGGAGAGAUGGACAGAUGGAGCAGGAGACGGAGAGAAGUUGCCUUUUGCUCCGCCACAUGUCUUGCAAGGUUGCAAUUGCUUUCUCGAGCUUGAGAGAUUCGAGGAAAGAUCGGGUGGAAUUACGUACGUGGGGCCAUGGAAGGCGAGGUACUUGUAAACUCUAUCUAUCUGGUUCGAUAAUAAGCACUUGAGGUAGUUUGCACCUUCCCGUCGUAUAAAGGGGUCCAAACCCAGAUAUCUGGGUCAAAGAGAGAAAAAUAGUCUUGUACAGAUCUCGAUCCUUUCAACUUCACACCUUAUUAAACCAGAAUACAUUCUUAUUAUUACACACUUCUUACCUAAGACGUUUAUUAUACCUGUAGCUUAUACCAUACCAUACCAUACCAUACCUACUCAACCCAGACACAACCACGAUGGCAACGGGAUACCAAGGACAGGCACCCCAAUACACGAAUGGCUUCGCCGGUGAGCAGCCGCCAGCCAGGGAACGAACUGUGUCGCGAGACUACUCCAACACAGACGAAUGGGAUGCAUCCAAAACACCCCCCUCACGCUUCCAAAAGCGCAAGGGCAGCAUCUACGCCACGCCCUCAUCCCGAGACGGCCACGUCGAACGUAACCGCGAUGCCGUCGAGGAGUUCCACAAGGCGCACUCGAAACGUUGGUCCGUAUCAAGCUCCGGCUCCAGCCGCCGCGGCAGCGUCGGCAACACCCUCAAAGACCAACACCACGGGAGCACCACCGAGCAGCGCAAGGGCAGCCAAUAGGUACGGACCGUGUGGCUGCCGCUGAUGGAGUAGGGCCGGGGUCGCGAGGGCCGUAACCGACGCACGCGCUCGCGCCCAUACUCCUGCCCUCACGAACACAUCCGCGAACUCGAACUCGUACAUGUACGCACACACGCCCGUCGAGUCCACUCAGACGAGGUCUCGGUGGGAAGGGAGAAGAAAGUAUUGAUGGGUCCGCGGCUCCUGUGCUUGAAGGGGCUGGUUGAUUCGUUCGCCUGUAUUACAUACAUAGGGUAUCGCGGAAGUUGAUGUUAAUGUCGAUGUUCGGCAUUGAUGCUGAUGAUGACGAUGAGGAGGAUGUAUAGGUAACCUAGCGUGAUUUGCCUUGCUUUUUCUUGCCUUCGGAAAAAAACUCAAUUCUUACGUUUCGCUUGCUACGGAAAAGGAUAAAUCAAUCAAUCAAUAAAUACACACAAUUCAUCUCCAGGUCGUUUUUUUGGAUUUACCGAGUGACCAUUGUGC